CGCGCCUUGCCGUCACUUCCGGCUGGAACGCUGUGAGGUCACGGAAGCACCGCGGCCCGUGGGCGGAUGCUGCGGGCGCUGUUGCUGUAGCGGGUGGUUGCUAUGGUAACAGGGCCCGUGGGGGAGAACCGUGCCGAGCCGGGCCCAGCAUGGAAAGCGGGCUCGAGCAGAAAUAAAAAUCAGACUGGAAGAUGGAGAUGUACGAGACCCUUGGCAAAGUGGGAGAGGGGAGUUAUGGAACAGUAGUGAAGUGCAAACACAAGGAAACAGGACAGAUAGUAGCCAUUAAGAUAUUCUAUGAGAAACCAGAAAAAUCUGUCAACAAAAUUGCUAUGAGAGAAAUAAAGUUUCUAAAGCAAUUUCGUCAUGAAAACCUGGUCAACCUGAUCGAAGUAUUUAGACAGAAAAAAAAAAUUCAUUUGGUGUUUGAAUUUAUUGAUCAUACAGUUUUAGAUGAGCUACAACAUUACUGUCACGGACUGGAUAAUAAAAGACUUAGAAGAUACCUCUUCCAGAUCCUUCGAGCAAUUGAGUAUCUCCACAGCAACAAUGUCAUACAUCGUGAUAUCAAACCUGAGAAUAUCUUAGUAUCACAGACGGGAAUUACUAAACUAUGUGAUUUUGGUUUUGCUCGGACAUUAGCUGCCCCUGGUGAUGUUUAUACAGAUUAUGUGGCCACACGAUGGUACAGGGCUCCAGAACUGGUAUUAAAAGACACCACAUAUGGGAAACCUGUGGACAUCUGGGCUUUAGGUUGCAUGAUCAUUGAGAUGGCCACUGGAAAUCCUUAUCUACCCAGCAGCUCUGACCUAGACCUGCUCCAUAAAAUUGUGACAAAAGUAGGGAAUUUGACACCUCAUCUUCAGAGUAUUUUUAUAAGGAGUCCAGUUUUUUCAGGGGUGGUCCUUCCGGAAGUCCAGCACCCUAAAAAUGCAAGGAAAAAGUAUCCCAAGCUCUGUGCAUUACUGGCAGAUAUUGUUCAUGCUUGUUUACAAAUGGAUCCCACUGAUAGGAUCUCAUCUACAGAUCUGCUGCAGCAUGACUAUUUUACUAGAGAUGGAUUUAUUGAAAAAUUCUUACCAGAACUGAAGGCUAAAUUAUUACAAGAAGCAAAGCUAAAUUCUCUUUCAAAACUCAGAGAGAAUAAUAAAGAGAUGGAACUAAUAAAAGAUGAAAAGAGAACUAUUCAUAUUAAUGCCUCUCAGAAUGGUCCAGUGGCUGGGAAGGAUAUUGAAAAGGACCGAAAAUCAAAGGACUUAAAAGUAAAAGGUACAAAAGUGAAAGGAGGGAAACCAGAGAUUCCAGAAAUAAAAAAGAUUGAACAAGAAGAUGCAGUUAAUCAGUGGGCUCCUUCCUCACAGAAUCCUCCCAGUUUUCCUCAAGAGAGUAAACCUACAAUCACUGAUAUAACCACCGCUGUAGCAGCUAGCAACGAUCCCAGCGGUGUGAAGGAAGAUCCUCCACUAAUAGCAGUUGGUACAACAAUGCCACCCAUCAAUCCAAAUUGUGGGAACCUUACUACUGCAAAUUUCAAUUCACCCUUCCCACACUCCAAUACAAGGCUACCUGAAAAAGCAAAGAAAAGGAGAAGCCCUUGGCAGUCAGUGGGACAAAUAGGUCCAAACAACAGACAGGAUGAUGGGACUCUGGCUCAAACUCAAACAGAAAAAGUCACACUCUAUGAACGAGCUGCUCAGAUUGAUCAAAUGGCCAAUAUGAACCGAAAGAAACGCAGUAUUUCAAAAUCUGAGAAGAAAGACAUCCAUUUCCCAGAACUGCCAGUAACAGCACAACAAAAGGAGCUGAAAGGAAUAGAAGUUAAACAGGUAAAAGUGCUGAAGAGGGAGUCAAAGAAAUUGGAAGUAUCUAAAAUACCAUCUUUACUAAAUGUGGAUCAGAAUCAAGAAAAACAAGAGAAUACCGGAAAUACACAAAGUGAAAAUAAAACCAAUCUGCGAGAUGUAGAAUAAGCAGUGUAGAAGCAUGAAGCUUGAGAGACUGAAGAAUCACAAAGGUCACUGGAGCAGCUGGAAAAGUUGUUAAAUCAUCACUGACUGGAUGACUCAGGAUUUCCUUGGCUUUGUCUUUUUCCCCAAACUAUUAGAUCACAAUAAACAGGAGGAGGUGAAGCUUCCUCAUACUAAUACAUACAAAGCUGUAGCAUCAAAGUUUGACGUUUCUAAGUACUGUAACAACCGAUUUAGCUAACUGCAGCAUUGGUUUGUAGUGUAUCCUCCACACUGCAAGGAGGGAGAAGAAGUACCUUAUUAUGAGGACCCUCAUUUUCCUUCUUGUCUUUAUCCUUAGGAGACAAGGAAGAAAAAUACUUGGUAAUAAAAUAUAUAAAACUUUAUAGUGAAAAAAAACCAAACAGGGAGAAUUAAACAUAACUUAAGGCUAGGUAUUUGGGGCUAAGGAAAAUCUAAAGAAAAGAGUGGAAAAUUUAAGAAAGACCCAACGUAUAAGCUUUAUUAAAAGUAUCUAUUUCACUUUAUGUCUAUUUAACAUGGUGGCUGUUUAAAUCUAGCAAUUAAAAUAUAGUAUGGAAAUACGACUAACAUUUUUAAAAAGCAGAUUUUAUGGUAGCAAAGCAAUCAAACAGAAUCAAAAUUAGGUUACUUGAGAACAGUUUAAUUGCUUUUUAUUUAAUGUCUGAGGCAUGCAAGAUUAAACAGAUAUAUAAAUAUACCAGGGUCCAUACAAUUUCGCUUUGCCAUUUGCUGUAAGCCAGCUAUGCAGCAUUGACACUCUAGCUCUUCUUAAGUGUUGACAGGUUUAAAUGGGAAGUAUUUGACUGACAGGCACUAACUAGAAUAAAAAACAGAUGUUUUUGUGGGUUGUCUCAGCUAUGAAUGUGAAUAAGCUGUACAGUCCCCUACACAACGCAGAUUUGUUGUAGGCAAAUGUGUAAUGAUAUCACUAGGGUGUAGCCAGCAGUUUGGAAUUUCUGUUCUACGUGUGCUGGAUGAUCCUUUGUCGCCUCCUCACCAGCACUGAACCAAUACUUUCCCAGAGUAGACCCACGGUUAUACACAAUGCUCACAUAGUGGGAAUAUCUGAAUUUAGAGAUGAGAGACUAUGCUGAGAUUUGGAAGGGGUGGGUCUUAUUACUUAGAUCUCUCAAAUAUCAGCAUUUUCAAACCUCUCCCGCUGCAGCUCUAUGGAACCAUUUCUUAUCUUAAAUGUAUUUUGGGGGAUGGGUGUACAUGGUGUAUAGUAGGCCCAUUGUCACCCAGUCUGGAAAAGGCCUUCUUGGAGUUGGAGGUCAGAUUUGGGAGGAAGAAGUGCGUUUACCACCCACCCAACCCCAAUAUAGAAGAUGGGCGAGCAUCCACCUAGCGUACUCUGAAGAUCCUCAGAGGAAAAGGACUGCAGCUAUGAGGCUCAAAGACAUGGUGCUAGGGGGAGGCUGCAAGAACAAACAGUUAAAAUUUUUCCAGUUACCAUGGCCUAUUGCAUAGAGCACUGGAUUGGGACUCAAGAUAUAUAGGUUUUAAUCCCAGUUGUGUCAAGGGCCUUCUGUCUAAUCUUGGACAAGUCACUUGGCUGUGCCAUGCCUCAGUUUCCCCAUCUGCAAAAUGGAGAUAAUGACACCUACAUCCUUUGUAAAUUGCCAUGAGACUCUCUGAUGAAAAGGGCUUAUAAGAGCUAGGUAUUAUUAAUUGAAAACAGUUUCCCCAAAGAGGGCCAGUAUUUAGACUCUUCUGGAAGUGCGUUUGCCCAUCCUUGUUAGAUACAGAAUUUGACAGCGUGGUAAAAAAAAGUCCUGAUGAGGAACUUAAACAACUUGCCAGUCUUUGCCUUAAGAAAUUCUUCCCCCAGGAAAAAUAGCAUAGGACUACCUCCACCCUGUAGAGUUAACCAGUGUAACAACAAUGCUAUCAAAUAUGAUGGAUAUAGGCAGGAACUUCCCUCAAGGCAAAAAUGUACAACCAAGAAUAGAACUGUGUAUGUGAGUAAUAUGAAAGCAACCACUGUAUUCAAAAGUAUUUGUUACAUUUAUUGUUGCAGCUAUGGGCACGUUUCUGCUCACAGGUUUACAGAUCAUGAUUUGUCUUUGGAAGACUAACAAAAAGUUAGGGUUCUGAUCCUAAAAGGUGAGAGAUAUUUAUUCCUCUCAGUUCCAUUCUCUGAGUUUUUCUGUAGAAAGAGCAAACAAAUAGGGUGUUAGUUAAUAUCUCUAAAUAUAUGUUAUUGCAUAGUGCAGAACUAAACCAUGAUUGCUUUAUUACAGGUAAAUUAUUUCCAAAACCAGCUUUGAGCCCAAAUGCACUAGACAAACAUUAUUCUAACAGUGGCAAUAUCUUUCCUUUCAAAUUGUUGUUUUCUUAUCUUAUUGCAAAACUUGUAUUUUUCAAUGUUGAGUGAUCGUCUGCAGUUCCUGUCACAAGGGAAGAGUGAGUUGUAAAAAUAGAGUAGCAACUCUUAACAAAAUAAAUCAUAGUUUCUUUGGCUUGUUGGCUCAAAAAAAUA